ACAAACUAAACGAAAUGUAUGAAAAUCGAACUGCUGCGUACUAAAUUUCACGUGAAUAAAACAUGACAUGAGAUGCUUCAGAACGAUAUUCGGAACCAAAACAUUCCCGAAAGAUUGUUUUUUGAAAAUUUGAAACACAAGGACAUAUUCUUAAAUUCUUGAAUCAAAUAUCAUUGUUUUGCAGCUAUCGUGGAUAAAUAGACGAUUUAUGAAAAAUUAUGAUCCAGUGUAAUUUCACCUUGCGACUGCAAUUCUUCGUUAUUUAAAUUGUUAUAUAUUCACAGUUAAUAUACUUUUUGUUUGUUUAAGAAUUCACUGUUUAUUUCGCGGAAAUUAUUUUCGCAUGUGCUAAAAUUUGAUCAAAUCAAAAUUAUUACGCUUUUAAUUUUUUAUUCAAAUUUAGAACAACUUUCCUUCGAAGUAAACUGUAAUUUUCCGCAGAAGAAUAGAAUGUAUCUUUGAUUUGAUCGUACGAUGUACAGGCAAAUCUGUUCUGACGUAAUGAUCUAAUCGUUUUCUCACUGUAAUUGUAAGAAAUCAGACGUUAUCACAUAGAAUAUUUAAUUAUACUGAAAGAUGGUAUGUACGAUCAUAGGAGAGGAUGCCGUCCCCUUGAUAUGACGUAACUCGAAAACAAUGAUAAAGCGAUGACAAAGGUGUAUCCUCACAGUUUAUCCUUUCAGAAACAUAAUGACGCAUAAUUCUCAGGUUAUACCGAUAGUCUUUGUGACAAAUAUUAUCAGUACAUUAAGUGGUUGUUAUCUUCAAAAUGAGUUAUUAGAGGAAGGACGUUUUAAACUGUACGUGAACAAUAACGGGAUACUGCUCAAGGCGAAGAAGUUUUACACUUUGCAAGGAUUCAUUCAGUAUUCAACAACAUGUCGCGAUGUUGCUAAGAAUAUAAACAUCUCAAUCGAACGAUUUAUCUUAAAAAUUCCAUUUUUCACAAAAUAUCUUACUUUUUCAGAGAUUCUUUAGUAUUAUUUUAGUCUUUUGUGUCGUUUGGGAAAUUCGUGUCAAAACGCACGUCGUAUGUGCUCGCAGACGGUCUUAUUAACGCUUAUAAAUCACUACUUAGAAGUAGAUCAAUGACGAAUUAGCACUUGGGUGACGUUGACCGCGCAAUAGCCGAUUGCGAUAAAACGCAUUAAAUAAAUGAGAAUGUCUCACGCGUAUCAACGCGACGUUUGGUGCAAGCCGAGAACGCUCUGAGGCAUCAUUCCCAUGAGAGUCUCCUCCGAAUCCCCGACCCAGGAAUUAUGUCACAGCGUUCCGCGCAUAUUACGCUAUAUUUGCAUUUCCUAUUGUCUGAAUUGCGCAACGCGUAAUAUCCUAGUCAACUAUGAGCACCCUACCAAGUUGGCCGAUUCGGCUGACGGAACAAACGGCGGUAUGGACUAUCAUGUCGAGAUAAUCAAUAAGGAUGAUAAAUUAAGGGUGCUGAAAUUCCUGAGAAGAUACUUCUUCAGAGACGAACCACUCAAUCAGAGCAUUCAACUAAUUCCAGAGGGUGAAGAUAGUACCUGCCUGGAGCUCGAGGACUACUGCAGCCAUGCAUCACUCGAAAACAACUUGAGUUUGAUGGCAGUUUCCACGAGCGGUGCAAUUAUUGGAGUUCUGCUUAAUGGUAAAAUGGAUCCCCCGUCGUGCGAGGAGUCGGAAUACAUACGAUCGUGUAAAAAUGCAAAAUUUAAGAAGAUACUGAGAUUAUUGCAUUACAUAGACAAGAACGUGAACGCGGAUGGACAGUUUCGGGAUUCGAACGUCUUGGAAAUCAGAAUAAUUUCUGUAGACACAAAUUGGAGAGGGAAAGGCGUUGCGAAGAUUCUCAUAGAAAAGACGAUAGAAAUUGCGAAAGAACAAGGAUUUCAUUACGUCAGAGCGGACUGUACGUCCUUAUUCUCUGGUAAGCUCUGCGCACGAUUUGGCUUUGAUGCAAUAUAUAAGCUCUCUUAUACCGAUUACGUGGAUGAGAAUGGAAAACCUAUCUUUUCGCCCGCCUUACCUCACACGGCAGCUAUCACUUAUGUGAAGAAACUGUGAAGAUCGCAAGAGAUAAAAGAAAAAUUGGAUUUUUCGGAUUUAGAACGAACAAAAGUAAGAUUUGGCAAAGAUAAGAUAAAUAAUAUUAAAGAUGCAUAACUAAUGCAAUAGUGAUAUUUGUUCCCUGAAGAAAACAAGAAAUAUAUUUUAUAAAUUAUUGUAUAGUGUCCACGUAGAAAUGUUAUUUUUAUAAGUUUAAUAUUGUCAUAAUUAUUUCAAAAAGUAUGUCAUCUGAGAUGGCAAAAAGUUUAAGUUUAUAAUGCGUGUGAAAAAGUAUACUAUUGGUAAACUUAUGCUCAUGUAAAAAUCGUGCAAAUAUAUGUAUAUUUAUGUGUAUAAGUUAUUUAAGUAUAUAAUUUUAAUAUAAUUUAGUUUUAUAUUAUGUAAUAUCAUUAAAUUUUAUUAUCAUAAAA